CAGUGAGAGAAAGAGAAGAAGACGAGCUGCGGGUUUCCUGAUUGGACAGCUGAGCUCUGUGAGCGAGCUAAUCAUCUGUACAGCAGAAUAUUUGUGACAGGGUUUUACAGCCACAGCUGGAGCUGAUCAGGUUGAAGAGAAAAGCUGGCUGUUGUGUGGAUUUGAGGAGUUUUAACACCGUUCUGCUUUAAAGCCUGAGACGUUUUGUAAUGGAGGCUGGACUAUGCUCUGUGAGAGAAACUCCACACACUCCUGCUGCUCAACACUUACAGCUUUCUGAAGAUGUGCACACUGAGGCUUUUAUCACUUCUGGUGAAGGAAUGUCCAUCAUUACUGUGGACCAUCAGGAUGGAGAUUUCCUGAGAACUCCUCUAAAACAGGAAGACUCUGAAGACGAAGACUUUCUCUAUGAAGGUACAUCGAACUCUGUGAGUUGUGUCACCCCUGUUGAGCCGGACAGAGGAUUCCAGAUGAAGCAUCUAAAAAAAGAGGAACCUGAAGAUGACGAAUACCUCUACUGUGAUGAUUGCAGAUCGUUCUUCAUCAACAAGUGUGAGGUUCACGGUCCGGCUCUCUUCAUCCCUGAUACCCCCAUUCCCCUGGGAGUCCCUGACAGAGCCAGACAAACACUUCCACCUGGUCUAGCGGUCCAGGAGUCGAGUAUUCCUGAUGCAGGACUGGGAGUGUUUAAUAUCGGAGAGACUAUUCCAGUUGGUGUGCACUUCGGCCCUUAUCAGGGAGACCUAGUAGACUGUGAGGAAGCUAUGAACAGUGGCUACUCCUGGGUGAUCUACAGGGACGGGCAGAGUGAACAGUACAUAGAUGGCAGGAGAGAGAAGCAUGCUAACUGGAUGAGGUUUGUGAAUUGUUCAUGUGAUAAUGAGGAGCAGAACCUUGUGGCGUUUCAGUAUCAUGGUGGAAUUUUCUACCGUUGCUGUCAACCCAUUAGACCAGGACAGGAGCUCUUGGUGUGGUACACAGAGGAGUACGCCAAAAAUCUCAGCAUUGCAUUUGGCUACAUCUGGAAGAAAAAGUGCUCUGCAGAUGAAAUGCAUAUUGAAACAAACCAGUGGAUUUACACACAAGAAAAGCCGCAUCAAUGUUUACAGUGUGGUAAGAGAUUUACUGAGAGAGGUACUCUUGACAAACACUACCGUAUCCACACUGGGGAGAAGCCGUAUCACUGCUCAGAGUGUGGAAGGAGUUUUACACAGCAGAGCACUCUCCAACGACAUCAGCGCAUCCACACUGGAGAGAAACCGUAUCUAUGCUCGCACUGUGGAGACAAAUUUUCUAACCAGAGUAAUCUCCAACGACACCAACGCGUCCAUACUGGAGAGAAACCGUAUCACUGCUCACUGUGUGGGAAGAAUUUUACACAACGGAGUACUCUCCAACGACACCAGCGCAUCCACACUGGAGAGAAACCGUAUCAGUGUCCCCACUGUGGGGAGAGAUUUACUCACCAGAGCCUCCUACAGUCACACCAACGCCUUCACACUGGAGAAAAGCCGUAUCAGUGUCCAUUAUGUGGGAAGAGAUUUACCGAGAGAGGUGCUCUUAAGAAACACCAACGCAUUCACACAGGAGAGAAGCCAUAUCACUGUCCAGAGUGUGGGAAGAAUUUUACUGAGAAAAGUGCUCUUAAGAAACACCAGCGCAUUCACACAGGAGAGAAACCGUAUUACUGCUCGCAGUGUGGACGGAGUUUCACUUUCUCAAGUUCUUUUAGUACACACAAGUGCACUAAUACAGAGCUGUCAGCUUGCAAUACACGUUUUCUAAUGGACUCAGCAGAGGCUGGACUGUGCUCUGUGAGAGAACCUCCACACACUCCUGCUGCGCAACACUUACAGUGUUCUGAAGAUGUGCAUACAGAGACUUAUACCACUGGUGGAGGGAGAUGCUCUAUGGAACACACCACCCCCCUCUAUAAACGGGAUGUAAUGUUCCUGAAGAAACCUAUGAAAGAGGAAGAAUCUGGAGAUGAAGACUACCUCUAUGGACAUACAUCAAGCUCUGUGAGCUGUAUCACCCCUGUUGACCAGCAGGAUGGAGAAUUCCAGAUGAAGCCUCUAAAAAAAGAGGAAGCUGAAGAUGAUGACUACCUCUACUGUGAGGAUUGUAAAUCCUUCUUCACCAACAAGUGUGAGGUUCAUGGUCCGGCUCUCUUCAUCACUGAUACUUCUGUUUCCCUGGGAGUCCCCAACCGAGCCAGACAAACACUUCCACCUGGUCUAGAGGUUCAGGAGUCCAGUAUUCCUGAUGCAGGACUGGGAGUGUUUAAUAUGGGAGAGAGUAUUCCAGUUGGUGCGCACUUUGGCCCUUAUCAGGGAGACUUAGUAGACUGUGAGAAAGCUAUGAACAGCGGCUACUCCUGGGUGAUAUACAAAGGUAGACAGUCUGAGAGAUACAUAGACGGCAGCAGUGAGAUGCAUGCUAACUGGAUGAGGUAUGUGAACUGUGCUCGAAAUAACGAAGAGUGCAAUCUUGUGGCAUUCCAGUAUCGAGGGGGGAUACUGUACCGUUGCUGUCGACACAUCAAACCAGGACAGGAGCUCUUGGUGUGGUACACAGAGGAGUACACAAAAAAUCUCAGCAUUACAUUCAAACACAUCUGGACAAAAAAGUGUUAUACAAAUGAAACAAACAAUGCCUUGUGUCCACGUUCCUAUACAUCUCAAAUUUACCUUAACAAACACAUCAAGAGAUGCCGUAAUGAGGAGUAUGUGAGAAUGCUGAACUCAGAAGAGAUUACUUGUAAUACUUUGAAAUCAGGAAGCUCCAGGAGUCAGAAAACUGCAUCUGAGACCCUCCAUACCACCAUCUCUCAUAGCCAAAUGCAAAAAGGAAUUCACUGCCCAGAUUGUGGGAAGAGUUUUACUCGACAGAGUAAUCUCAAACUGCACCAACGCAUUCACAGUGGAGAAAAGGAUUUUCACUGCUCACAAUGUGGAAAGAGUUUUACACAACUAAGCCAUUUCCAGAUUCACCAGCGCAUUCAUACAGGAGAGAAGCCAUAUCAGUGCUCACAAUGUGGGAAGAGAUUUAAUCGAGAAAGUACUCUCCAAACACACCAACGUAUUCACACAGGAGAGAAACCAUUUCACUGCUCUCAAUGUGGAAAGAGUUUUAAUGAACAACGUAAUUUCCAAACUCACCAACGCAUUCACACAGGAGAGAAGCCAUAUCUCUGCUCCCAGUGUGGGAGGAGUUUUGCUCAACAUAGUACUCUCCAAAGACAUCAGCGCAUUCAUACAGGAGAGAAGCCGUAUCACUGCCCACAGUGUGGGAAGAGCUUUACCCAUCAAAGUAGUCUCCAACGACACGGCCGUAUUCACACAGGAGAGAAACCAUAUCUCUGUUUACAGUGUGGGAAGAGUUUUACACUACAGCAGGAUCUUGAACUACACCAGUCCAUUCACAUGGGAGAGAAGCCGUAUCAUUGCUCAGAAUGUGGGAAGAAUUUUACUUACCAGUGUAAUCUCCAAACACAUCAGCGCAUUCACACUGGAGAGAAGCCGUAUCACUGCUCACUGUGUGGAAAGAGUUUUACGCAGCAAGGUGCUCUCCAGAGGCACCAACGCGUCCACACAGGAGAGAAACCAUAUCACUGCUUCUGGUGUGAAGAGAGAUUUACUCACCAGGGCAAUCUCCAACGACAUCAGCUAAUCCACACGGGAGAAAAACGUUAUCACUGUCUACAGUGUGAUAAGGGUUUUAUUGAAAGAAGUGCUCUCGAGAAACACAGACGUGUCCACACCGGAGAGAAGCCGUAUAACUGCUCUGAGUGUGGCAAGCGUUUUACUGAGAGUGGUGCGCUUAAAAAACACCAGCGCAUUCACACUGGAGAGAAACCGUAUUCCUGCUUGCAGUGUGGACGGAGCUUCACUUUCUCAAGCUCUUUCAGGACACACAAGUGCACUAACACAGACAAGUUGUUGGGUUGACAGGAUGGAUGUAAACAGUUUUUUUUCCCCCAUGUUUACAUUUACAGCAUUUUGCAGUCUCCCUCAUCCAGAGUGACUUACAGAAGGCUUUGUAGUGUCUACUAAAACGUAUCCUCAUUCUAGUGCAAGUAGGUCGAGGUCUAAGAAUACUAUCAAGCUAGAACCCUGUUAGAGAGGAGUUAGUACAGUGAGGUUUAGCAACAAGAACAGUACAAAAACCUCAGUCUUGGUGAAGAUGUAGGUCUUACAGAAAGCUGUUCAGACAGAUGGAAGGGAUGGGAUGCAGUUGAUAGGUGGUAAUAUUGCUGGACAAGAGAAGUUGCAGGAUUUAUUCUGUAGAAAACAAAGAAAAAUGUAUUACGUCUAUGUGAGGGAAGAGAUUUUUCCCUCCUUCCCCUAUUCCUACACUGCACAACCCCUCUUAGUUUCAUAGUACCCUAUAGCUAUUCCUGAAAUCCCAACCCCAGGCUUCCUCCCACUACGUUUAUACUCAUGCCUACAGUGUAUUGCCCUAAUACAAAAAGAAGAUUUGGCAAGUGUGAAUCUCAGGAACAACCUUGUCCUCUGUUUGCAGAUAUAUUUAAUAAAUCUGUGGAUCAGUGCAUUGUUCCUGUCUGUUCAAAGUUAAUGUGCAGUCUAUAAAAUGAAUGGAUCAGUGAAUGACCCAAUAAAUGCAGGGCUAAACUUUGACUGCCAGCAUCUUGACAGCCUGGGAACUUGUGAGAAUGCUGAUAAUAGGACAGUCAUUCCAGAGUUCAAUUACCUCACCCCUUUACUACAUUUGCUGGUAGCUCCUAGAAUUUGGAACAGCUAUGAAAAGUUAUGUGUGAUUGGGCAAUGUCAGCCACACUAACGCCUCAGCGCAGGUGUACCUCAGGGCUCUGUGCUCUCUCAUACUUUCCUUUCUGUACACAAACAUCUACAACUUCUGUGUCCUCUCUGUCAAAGUCAAGUUCACAGGUGAACUUUAAAAAGGACUUGUAUUCAACAACAUCUGGCAUUCUGGUGCUUCAACACUAAGCAGAUCUUAAUUAACAAGGUGAUUGUAGAACAAAUAAAACAUCCACCCACACUUUCCACACAUUUUCAAUGGAUUAAUUGAAAACAGUCGUGUCACACUGUCUUGUCUUUAAGUGGGAUGAAAGCAUGAACUGCUUGUCAGUAACACUCAGUAGAUGUUCUUCUUGUAACAGCUAAAGUUACAACAGCUAAAGAAGUUAGAUUCCUAUAUGUCCUGUUGGUCCAGUUUUACACAGCCAUCAUCGAGUCCAGUCUAGGAUCUUACAUACCUCUUUUGGUGCUGAUUUGGUUCAUGCGAAGGAGCCCUUUUUCUGAUCAUCUGCAUGAAUAGUUGUCUGUCUGUAGUCUGUCUGUCGUUCCCACUUAGACUGAAUCCAGGGAUGUGUACAAGAAAAUAUAAUUGCAGAAACAUUCCAUCCUCAGCAUCACACGACACUUGAAGAACUUUUUCCUGGUUUGCAGUAGAAGUCUGUUUGCUGCUGUGAUAAAGACUUUGAUAUGAAAUACCUGUGUGGAGCAGGUCUGCAUGGAAAAAAAAAUUUAAAUGGACAAACAAAACCAAAAACCAAUAUAUGUGCAACAACAUGACUAUUAUUCAUUCUAGAACAGCCGAGACCCUCAAUAAUUGUUAAAAUCACAAGUCUUUAGGAUUCUGUUUACAGUAUAUUAAUUAGCAUAGGAAUAAACGUAGCAGGUAACGUG